AGUCACAGAGGCCCUGAGGCUCGUACACCUACUUCCAGAGCAAUGCCAUUCAUCUAAGCUCAGUUGCAUAAACAAAGAGGGAACUACCUAAGCAGGGAUGCAGAGAGUGGAGACAGUGGAAGACCACAACACAAGCAUGAACUCUUUCCCAACCAAGUUCCAGUCCAAAGUAGAGAUGGCCAAGAGCAUGAGAGAGGAGGAGAAACUCUACAGGUAUAAUGGUGUACUCUAUCCUGUGAUCAUAAGCCCAGAGGAGAACCUCAGAGCUUUGGAGACUGUAGAGGCACGGAGUGAUGAUAUAAUGCUGGUGGCUUAUCCAAAAUGUGGGUUUAACUGGAUGGUCGCAAUUCUGCGCAAAAUCAUAACAGCUAGCACGGGAGAGAAAGUAGAAUCCAAGAUGCCACCUCUACUGGAAUUCUUUGGACCAGAAACUCUGCAGUUACUUCACCAGGCCCCAUCUCCAAGAUUACUGGGGACCCAUAUGCAUCCCGAUAACAUUCCGGCUUCUUUUUACCAAAAGAAAACUAAGAUGCUGGUCGUUUUCCGCAACCCAAAGGACACACUGGUCUCAUUUUAUCACUUUUCAAAUAAGAAUCCGGUUUUGCCAACUGCUGAGCCCUGGGAUCAGUUCUUCAUGGAUUUUAUAAGCGGUGAAGUUCCAUGGGGCUCCUACUUUGACCAUGCUCUUGCCUGGGAAAAACGCAUGAAUGACCCAAACAUCAUGAUCAUCACAUUUGAGGAACUCAAGAUGGACCUCAGUGGAAGUGUUCAGAAGGUGGCAGAGUUUUUUGGCUUUAAAUUAACUGAUGCUCAGAUCCAGAGUAUUGCAGAGGAGAGUACCUUUGAUGCCAUGAAAAAAGGCUCCAGAGAUUCCCAUGGCCAGAUGGGAAAUGUAUUUUUCAGGAAAGGUGAAGUUGGAGACUGGAGAAACCACUUCAGUCAGGCCCAGAGUGAGCAAAUGAAUGCUGCAUUUGAGAAGCAUCUUGGAGGGACAAAACUUGGAGCCAGACUAAAUUAUGAUGUGUAUUGCAAGUGAAGAAGGGAAACCAGGCACUGUAGUGCAGCAGGGAAUGAUACCUCAGGGAAUGGGAGUACUUCACCUACAGGACAGAACCAGAUUUUUUUUCUUUCACAGAUUGAGUACAUUAAGAUUGAAACCAGUUUGGCAAAGAUAAGACAGGCUAAAAUCACAUGAUUACGUACACUAUAUAGUCAAAUGUAUGUGGACACUUGAUCCUCACACCCAUAUGUGGGCCUUCCCCAAACUGGUGCCACAAAGUUGGAAGCACACAAUUGUCUAGAAUGUCUCUGUAUGCUGUAGCAUUAAGAUUUCCUUUCACUGGCACUAAGGGGCCCAAACCUGUUCCAGUAUGACAAUCCCCCGUGGACAAAGUGACAAAACUCUGCACAUACAGCAACCUGAGUUCAGGAUCAGACUAGAGACCCUGGAGCUGUGAGGCAGCAAUGCUACCCACUGUGCCACUGUGCCACCAUCAGUUUGUUGUUUUAAUAAUUACAUGUAGUUAAUUACAUUGUCUGAAUAAAUUUAUACACAUGAUAGUUUUAACAGUUUACAA